AUGCGGGGCACGAGCUGUGUGGGUGGUGGUGGCGAGAGCCCCGGCAGCGCGGGUCUGAGUGAGGGCCCGCGCGGCCGCUGGCUGCGCCUGGCCCCAGUCUGCGCCUACUUCCUCUGCGUGUCGCUGGCAGCCGUGCUGCUCGCAGUCUACUACGGCCUCAUCUGGGUGCCCACGCGGCCCCCCGCAGCGCCUGCCGGCCCGCCGCCCACCGCACCCACCCCGUGCGCCGUGGGCCGCUCUGGUGAGCCACCUGCUCCGCUGCCUGCCUCUGCCUGCGCCUUGGGAGCCCCUGGAGGACCUCGACCCCAGCUUGAGCCGCCACCGAGCAGCCGCCGUCGCCGUCGCCACAGUGACCCAGCCUUCGCCCCAGCCGCCAGACGUGUGGGAGACGCUGGAGGCCAUGGGGGCAGGACCGGGUAA